AUGCUUGAUUCCCGCGUACUUCACUCUUUAUACGGUCCGAUGUAUGGGACGCUCACCACUCGGGAACAGCAAAGAUUCUGCUUCCACCAUGUGAACGUAGUACUGAAAGGUAUACUGCUGGCCUGCGUAUCGUCCUCCAUCGUACAGGUCACGAUAGGCGGCAAGGAAUGGACUGAUCGAUACUACGACGCCUGGCCCGUGACUCUGUGGGAGACAUCCACCUUCGCCGGCUACAUCGUGGUUGCAGUCAGUCUCCUGGACCUGAUCUACGACACGAGUCUACGGCUCAUCUACGUGGUGCACCACAUGGGCGUGCUGCUUGCAGUGCAGGGCCUCGUUUUCCUCAUUGUGAACGCACCAGUAGACAGGGCACGAGAAUUGCGGUAUCUGGGGACGAUGUCCGAAAUCGGCAUCUUCUGGGUUCUGUUCUCGGGGAUGCCCGGGUUCACCUCGCAUCUGACGCUUAUACUCAGACGGUGCUUUGCGCAUGGCGAUGUUAAGAUGCGGAACCUGUAUUAUUAUGCGUUCUGGGUGAAUGUCUCGGUAACAGUCCUUGAGGUCGGAUCGAUCUUUUAUCUCACUUUUGCGAAUCGGAACAGACUACCUGUUGCUGCUUCAAUCGGUAUUUGUGUGCUGCAGUCUUUGUUCACAUACACUAAGGCGAAUAAGUGCCAGCGUAUCUAUGCUGUGUAUGAAGAACAGGUGGCAGUGCUUAACAAGAUUCGACUAUGA